GUAGGGGUCAAUUUUCUGUGUAGACCUGGGACAAGUCUUGACAAAAGGCAGACAGACCAGUAUUUCUGCAAAUAAGUGUACCUGCAGCAUGCGCUAGUGUUAUACGACUAUUGUUUUUGCGUUAUAUGCAUGGAUUUAUACAAAUAGUGCUUAAAGCUUUAAUUACAUGUAUUUUAGCUCUUAUGCUCCUGCUAAAACUCUUUAAUUGGAAAUAAAAGAGCGGUUUAAUGUCUUCCAGUAAAAGAGUAAUGUUUCCCCCUGCUGGCGGGAAAAACGCGAAUAUCAGCAGCUUUGAGGGAGUUGGCUUUCUCAGCAGACACCAGCGAGCACAGCCCAAAGGUACUUCGCUUGUUUGAAAUUUCACUUGGGUGUGUCAGCAAAGGUGUGUCCGCUGACUCACCCAACAGCGACAGAUAGAGCCGUCUGAGAAACGCCUGCCUUUUCGCAUUAACAGAGAAGUGAAGCAACAGUAGACGACGAAACUCUCGAGUAGACUAGACGCAUUUGUUUUCUAUUACUCUCUGAAACACUAACCGGACUCUCCCCACUUGGACCCAGGACAAAGUCAGCCUUUUACUGUUUUUUUCUUCCAAAGAUGGGGAGAGUUUUAAUUUCCACCAUCUGCCUAAUGCUGAUCCUGUCCUGUGUGGAGUCGUGCUCUCUCCCGAGGUCUCUCUACGUAAUUGUACCUGAAACAAUUCCACCUGAAUACCAAGUAGCAAAAGUUGAAACCGUCGGCUGUGAUGCCAAAUCAACGUUGUUAACUGUGAAGGACCCGAGUUUUACAAUAAACAGUAAUGGAGCAGUGGUAGCUUUAACGUCUGUCUCAGUGGCAGAAAGAGGACGGACAUUUUUUGUGUGCGCUCAGGACAAUAGUGGACCGGAAAGUAAGAUGAAAGUUCACCUUGUCCGCAGUACAAUGCUGAAAAAACAUCAAGGAGGCCAAGGAUUCCUGAUUCGGUCUAAAAGACGCUGGGCACCUGCGAACCUCACCGUAGUGGAGAAUUAUGCAGGACCCUAUCCAAAACUAGUCGAAAGGGUAAAUUAAAUGUAUAAUUCAUAUCAUUUAUAAGCACUGUGCUAUUCAAAUGUUUAUUUUCAGCACACAUUGUUCUCUUUUCUCA